AUGCUUCCACCAUCCUCUCUUCAGGAGAUAUUUGAGGAGAUGGUGAGAAAGCAAGGCCGUAAAAUCACAUGCGACCCCAAACACAUCCUGUAUAGGGAGUUUGAGUUGCUGCUUAAGGAUAGAGAGGAGCAGAAGAAAAUAUACAGCUGUCCUCAUUGCAUUAAGACCUUCAAACCAAGGCCUGCCCUGGUAAAAAAAAACUUCAUUUUGGCAGAUUUAGUGGAUGAACUGAAACAGAAGAAGAUGACACAACCCCAAGUUGGUCCAUCUGAUCCCCGUGAGGCUGGACCUGGAGAUGUGGGAUGUGAUGUCUGCACUGGGAGAAAGAGGAAAGCUCAAAUGUCAUGUCUGCAGUGUCUGGUCUCUUUCUGCGAGCAGCACCUCCAGCCUCACUAUGAAGUUCCAUACAAGAAACACAAGCUAAUUGAAGCUUUGAAACUUCAGGAGAACAUCUGCUCUCAACAUCAUAAGGUAAUGGAUAUCUUCUGCCGCACUGAUAAGAAGGUUAUCUGUAUUCUCUGCCUCAAUGAUGAACAUAAAGAACACAACAUAGUUUCAGCUGCAGCAGAAAUGAGCAAGAAGAAGAAAAAGCUCGGGGUGAGUCGGCAAAACAUCCAGCAGAGAAUCCAGAACAAAGAAAAACAUGUGAAGCAGUUUCAGCAAGAGGUGGAUGCCAUCAAUCUCUCUGCUUAUGAAGCAGUGUGGGACAGCGAGUUGACUUGUACUGAGUUAGUCAAUCUCAUUGAGCAAAGAAGCUCUGAAGUGACGCAGCAGAUUAUGUCCCGGCAGGAAUAUGAAGUGAGUCGGGUCAAAGAGAUUCAGGAGACGCUGCAGAAGGAUAUCAGUGAUCUGAAGAGGAAAUACACUAAGCUGGAGAAACUCUCACAAACAGAUGAUCAGAUCAAGUUUCUACAGGCCUACCCCUCACUGUCAAAUCUCAGGGACCCUGAAAAACCAUUCAGAGUCAACAAGGAUCCUGUACGAUACUUUGAGGAUGUGACAGCAGCUGUGUCAGAGGCCAGAGGUAAAGUACUGGAGAGAUUUAAUAAGGAAUGGAUGAAGAUCUCAGAGACAGUGACUGAAGUGGAUGUUAAAUUGUUGCCAGACCCAAAGACCAAAGCUGACUUUUCACAAUAUGCAGCCCCCAAAUAUCUUCUCAAACUGGAUCCAAACACAGCGAGCAUGCAGAUACAAUUAUCUGAAGAUAACAGGAAGGCAACCUCAGUGACAGAGCCACAGUCAUAUGAUGACCACAAAGAGAGAUUCAUGGCUAGGUCUCAGGUUCUGUGUGGAGAAGGUCUGACUAAUCAUUAUUACUGGGAAGUGGAGUGGAGUGGUAUGGGAGGUUCAGUAGCAGUCGCAUACAAAGAUGUUCCCAGAAGAGAUGGGGAAAGUGUAUUCGGGGACAAUGACACGUCUUGGACACUAGAGUUUAGUAAAACGAUUUGUAAUUUCAAACACAACCAUAUAAAAAAAAAAAUUCCUAUCCUUCAAUCCUCAAGGAUUGGUGUUUUCUUGGAUCAAAAGGCAGGAGUUCUGUCCUUCCACAGCGUCUCUGAAACCAUCACCCUCCUCCACAGAGUGCAGACCACAUUCACUCAGCCGCUCUAUGCUGGACUCGGUGUUUAUUAUAAUGAAGCUUCUGCUACAUUUUGUGACAUCAAGGUCGAACAACUGUCAAGUGAGCCUGGUCCUGGUCCUCCACCUUCAGCCCAGCAGCAGCCUGGUCCUCGUCCUUCAGCCCAGCAGCAGCCUGGACCUGGUCCUCAUCCAGCAGCCCAGCAGCAGCCUGGACCUGGUCCUCAUCCAGCAGCCCAGCAGCAGCCUGAUUGUCGUCCUGCCAGCAAGGAUCUCCCUCUCCCUGAUGAUCAACAGCCUUCAACUCCUGAAGAUGACUCUCCAUCCCUGUCAGGUGAGGUUAUAUUAAUCAUUGACAUUGAUGAGGAGAGUGAGUACAGUUCUGAGAGUGAGAGCGGAAGCCCAAGCUCUGAUUCCAGCCCUGUCAGCCUUACAGCUGGUCAGCGAGUCAGCACCCCCCUCCACUCGCUCUCUGAGAGUAACUCUGGGUCAUUUUCAACUCCGGAAUAUCCAGACCCCCCGAGUGAAGCUCAGGGGGAAGCCCCAUUUGAGGUCUCAACAAAAAAGAGACAUGCAAGCAGAAACUUGAACCAAAAUGAAAAACGGGCAAAUGUAAAUACAUCACCAUAGUUCAUUUUCAAAACCAAUAUGAGCUUCUUAAAUGUAGCUACCUGGAAUGCACGUGGUAUUCAGUCCAAAGACUUUCGAGAUAGGAAAAUUAAAUAUUUACUAGACACUAAUUAUGACAUUCUGUUUACGCUGGAACUUAGGCUGAGUACCACCAGUGAUGUUGACAAUGUGUGUAAACUGUGGUGUAAAGGUACAUGUAUGAUAUCGAUUGGAGAGAAUAGAGCUGAUGGAGUCUGCAUUUUCUUCAAAGAAAAAUAUAUAACUAUUAUUAGAAGAAGGGACAUAAUCCCAGGAAGGCUGCUCAUGGUGGAUUGUUUUUAUUUGCCCCUGAGGCACAAAAUAAGCUCAAAUUAUUCAGAAGACUAAGAGAACUUUUAAUAGUAGGUUAUAAAAUUAUAUUAGGUGGGGAUUUUAACACAGUAACAGAAGAAAUACAUAAGUGUAGUACAGCUGUUUUUAAACUGAGGCCGGAAGUAAAGCUGUUAAAAGAAAUCUGCGACGAUGCAAACCUAAUCGAUGUCUGUCGAUCACUGUCACAAACGAGCUGAGUACCAAAAUGCAACACACGGGAAACCAGGGAUCAAUCAAUCAAUGUUUAUUUAUAUAGCCCAAUAUCACAAAUGUUACAUUUGUCUCAGUGGACUUCACAGUUUGUACAGAAUAUCAGUAUGACCAUACGACACCCUCUGUCCUUA